AUGCCUCCUCCAGAGUCCCCAAGACGGGAAAGACGAGAAUCAAGAGAAACACGAGAACGAAGUCGUAAUCCACAGCGCGAAAGAAGAAGGAGGACCGAUAGCGAGUCACCUAGGAAAUCUAGACAUGCCACCAAAUCUUCGGAAUCAAGUUCCCAGCCUCUGUCUGCGAAUGCGAUUGCACAGCUUAAUUUGAUAAACCAAUAUGAGAGGUCGGAGAGGGCAGAGAGGGACCGGGCGAGAGCUGCAGAAACGGCACCGAGGAAACCGAGGAAGAAAAAGAGAAUUGAGGUUGUGGAUGAGAAGGGUGGUGGGGAUAGGGAUAGGAGUAGGAAACAGCAUAAACGGAAGAAGCGGAGGGUUGUUAGUGGGGCGCUGUUAGAGGAGGGAGAUAGUAGGAAGCUGAAGGGGUUGAGAGGGGGGAAUGGGGGGUAUGAGGAUAAUUCUUCGGAUGCAGGGGCAAAGAAGAAGAAGAAAAUGCGUAAGUGAGGUUGGAGGAGCAGUUCUCGGACAUACGCUAACUGUUUACUCAAGUUAUGAUUGGCGGCGCGGCUCUUCUAAUCCUCAUUAUUAUAAUAGUAGCUGCGGUGGUUGCCAGUAAAAAUAAUAACAAGUCUUCGACCGCCGAAACCUCAAAAAGCGAUUCCGGGAACCCCUCGAAUUCUAAUCUCGAAGGCAUAUCUCAAGACACUAUUCCCCCAGCGGCGAAGGGAACAGACCUCGACCCGUUUUCAUGGUAUGAUACGACCGAUUUCAAUGUUACAUAUACAAGCGAAACUGUAGGGGACCUUCCAGUAAUGGGCUUAUUUUCAGCAUGGGAUGAUUCAAAAAGUGCGAACCCGAACGUGCCAGCAAUUGAUAAACCAUGGGGUUCAUAUUCCGAAAGGCCAGCACGUGGGGUAAAUAUUGGAGGAUGGCUCUCGUUGGAACCUUUCAUUACGCCAUCUCUAUUUUCAGGUCCUGGAAUAGUAGAUGAAUGGACUUUGACGGCCUCCUUGGGAUCUCAAGCGAAAGCAAAUUUGGAAAAGCACUAUGCAACCUUUGUGAGCGAACAGACCUUCAUAGAUAUUGCGGAUGCUGGACUUGAUCAUGUUCGAAUACCAUUCUCAUACUGGGCAGUGAUUACGUAUGAUGGAGAUCCAUAUGUUUCUCGAGUUUCGUGGCGCUAUUUACUGAGAAGUAUUGAAUGGGCGAGAAAACAUGGGCUACGAAUAAAUUUGGAUGUUCAUGGUUUGCCGGGAAGUCAAAAUGGAUGGAACCACAGCGGUCGAUUAGGAGCAAUUGGAUGGUUGAACGGUACAGAUGGAGCUGUCAAUGCUCAACGAGCUCUGGAUCUACAUGAUCGCCUCUCAAAGUUCUUUGCUCAAGAUCGUUACAAAAACAUAAUCACCUUCUACGGUCUCGCCAACGAGCCGAAAAUGACCGCUCUCAAGACUCAAGAUGUCUUAGACUGGACGAGCAAAGCUUUCGACUUAGUCCGCAAAAACGGAAUCACAGCUUACGUCGUUUUCGGAGACGGCUUCAUGGGACUGGCAAACUGGAAAGGAAAACUUACAGGUAUGGACGGAUUAGUUCUCGACGUCCACCAAUAUGUCAUCUUCAACACUGGUCAAAUCUCCUACAACCACACCGCCAAAGUCACCUACGCCUGCAACGGCUGGUCCGAACAAGCAACGCAAAGCAUGAACGUAGCAACUGGCUUCGGUCCCACCAUCUUCGCGGAAUGGUCCCAAGCCGACACAGACUGCGCCCCCAACCUGAACAACGUCGGCAUCGGCAACCGAUGGGAAGGCACCUACGACGUAGGCGACCCCAGCAUCGCCGUCACCGACCCCGGAUGUCCCACCAAAAACUCGGAAUGUAGCUGCAAAAGCGCAAACGCCGACUCAGGCUCUUACAGUCCGGCCUACAAACAGUUCUUGCAGAUGUUUGCCGAGGCCCAGAUGAGUAGUUUUGAGAAGGGCUGGGGAUGGUUCUACUGGACCUGGAAGACGGAGGCGGCGACGCAGUGGAGUUAUCAGCUUGGUCUUAAGGCGGGGAUCUUACCGGCGAAGGCUUAUACUAGGCAGUUUAAUUGUAAGAAGGCGAUUCUGAAUUUUUCUGGGAUCCCGGAGACUUAUUAGGAUACUUGUUUGUCUGUUGGUGAGGAUGUAUUUGGGAGUGUUGUAUAUGAUGGGAUGAUGACGAUGUUAUUGGAUGCAUAUGUGUUGUAUAGAAUGUACUGUACAUAGGGUCUGUUAUGUUGGAGAGGUACUGUAUGAAGCAUUAGCGGGAUGGCGUUUUUGGGAAUGGGUUUUGCAUUUCCUUUUUCCAUUCGGGAAAGAGGUGGAAUACUGGACAUAGCAUAUGGAUACUUGGUUUGUACAUGAGAGUCGGAAUUAGAUUGUGCUAUAUAUGUAGAUUAAUGUUCGUAGGCAAUAUACCC